CAAUCAGAAGCAAGGAUACCGGAGAAGGGGAGGGCCGAUCGCUGCUCUAAGUUAAUGAUUUGCAGGAAGGUAACUAGUGGUUCCAAGAUGGCGGCCCCUUCAGCGUCUCAACCGGAGUUAAACCUGUGCGAGUCCCCGGUCCCGGCUUCCAUGUUCUCCCCGGAGCCUGACGCCGAGGAUUCGGACUGCAGUCUGGACGGGGAGCCCCUGAGGAACGGAGAGGCAGAGAUAGACUUGACCAGCAAACAUGUCUUGGUGAGCCCCAGUGCAGAGCAGUAUGACAGUCUUCUACAUCAGCUGCGGGAUCGCAUGGAUGAGGGACGUGGAGAGACAAUAUAUGUUGUUGGGCAAGGAUCCGAUGGGACAGAAUAUGGCCUAAAUGAGGCAGACAUGGAGGCGUCUGCCGCUACCGUUACCAGCAUGGCAGAGCACAUUGGUGCUGACGUGAUUCUGUUGCGGGAGCACCAAGAGGCUGGUGGUAAAGUUCGUGACUACCUGGUGCGCAAAUGUGUGGGAAAUAAUGACUUCUUAGAAGUAAGGGUAGCUGUAGUUGGUAAUGUGGAUGCUGGGAAAAGCACUCUGUUGGGAGUCCUGACUCACGGAGAGCUAGACAAUGGCCGUGGCUUUGCCAGACAGAAACUCUUUCGCCACAAGCAUGAAAUAGAGUCCGGCCGCACCAGCAGUGUUGGCAAUGACAUUCUAGGCUUCGAUAGUCAUGGUCAUGUUGUCAAUAAACCUGACAGUCAUGGUGGCAGUUUGGAGUGGACAAAAAUAUGUGAGAAAUCUUCAAAGAUAAUUACCUUCAUUGACCUGGCUGGUCAUGAAAAAUACUUGAAGACCACGGUGUUUGGAAUGACUGGUCAUCUUCCAGACUUCUGCAUGCUUAUGGUUGGCAGUAAUGCUGGUAUAGUAGGCAUGACUAAAGAACACCUGGGUCUGGCUUUGGCAUUAAACGUCCCAGUCUUUGUGGUGGUAACAAAGAUUGACAUGUGUCCAGCAAACAUAUUACAAGAGACUCUGAAGCUGCUGCAGAGACUACUUAAAUCUCCUGGUUGCAGGAAGAUCCCGGUCUUGGUACAAAACAAAGAUGACGUUAUUGUCACUGCUUCCAACUUCAGCUCAGAAAGGAUGUGUCCAAUAUUUCAGAUCUCAAACGUAACCGGGGAGAACAUGGAUCUUUUGAAGAUGUUCCUUAACUUGCUGUCACCACGCAGCAGCUCUAGAGAGGAAGAACCUGCAGAGUUUCAGAUUGAUGAUACUUAUUCAGUACCAGGUGUCGGCACUGUGGUUUCUGGAACCACAUUAAGAGGCCUGAUUAAGCUAAAUGACCUUCUGCUGCUAGGACCAGACCCACUAGGUAGUUUUACUUCAAUUGCAGUGAAAUCCAUACAUCGCAAACGAAUGCCCGUUAAAGAAGUGCGAGGUGGCCAGACUGCAUCCUUUGCAUUGAAGAAGAUUAAGCGUUCCUCGAUCAGGAAGGGCAUGGUAAUGGUUUCCCCACGUCUAAACCCUCAGGCGUCCUGGGAGUUUGAAGCAGAGAUAUUGGUGCUACAUCACCCGACCACAAUCAGCCCUCGAUACCAAGCAAUGGUACACUGUGGUAGUAUUCGUCAGACCGCCACCAUUCUGAGUAUGAGCCGUGACUGCUUGCGCACUGGCGAUAAAGCUACAGUUCACUUUAGAUUCAUCAAGACGCCAGAGUACUUACACAUAGACCAGAGGCUGGUUUUCAGAGAGGGCCGAACCAAAGCUGUGGGCACAAUAACUAAGUUGUUACAAAGCACAAACAACUUGCCCAUGAACUCCAAGCCACUGCAAGUAAAGAUGCAGUCCACCAAAAAGAGUAUGCUUGGAAAAAGAGAGGAAGUAAGCUCGGGGACAGCCGUAUUGGAUGAAGGCUCUGGUGUAACCUCAGGAACCACACCAUUGCAAGGACAGCCGAAAACUGGAGGAGGUGGCAGACGCCGUGGUGGACAGAGGCAUAAAGUAAAGUCUCAGGGGACAUGUGGGGUGUCGGCUGGGGGUUGCUAAACUUGACCGCUCAACAUAUUUAACCUUCCAACUGCUUCAGCAUACCCCACACCACAAUUAAUGGAGAGAAGCAUCACACUCCCAGCUCUCUAGUAUCACCACUCCCCACCAGGCUCCUCGGUUUACCAUCGAUCUAUGCUCCAUCUGGUGUUACCACAUCCAUACCCAAGGAUUAUGGUUUUGCAUCCUGAAUUGCUGUUGGGUAACCUCCAGGAGGACAAUGAACAAAUAAAGCUCACCCUCAGCAGGAUUGCAUCAGCGGUUCCCCUAAGAACUGAUGGACUUUAAUAAAAGGUCUUGACUUGCCUUGCCUUGUUUUUCUGUUAUUUGAGAAGCAGGUUUAACAGCUGCAGAGUACUGGAGGACCUGUAUAACGGCACAGUGGGAGUUUGUAUCCAGUUCUAGAAGCAUAUAGACCUUUUUAUUCCUUCAUGCAAAGAUACAAAGUAUAAAAUGUCCAUUUCCUAUCAUUUCAUGCAAUAGACUUUCAACACCGUAUUUAACACCAUUUUGACGAUUUUUUGGUUUAUUUUUAAACAUUUUAACUUAAGUUUGCAAUGUUAUGGAAUUGUACAUUAUUGUAUUCAUCUUGACUUCAGUUAGUGAUCCUACUGAAAUAGCUGAGUUUGAUGUUAAGGUUUUUAUUUUAUUUAUUUUUACUUUGGGUUCCCAUUGGUGGAUAUGUCUCGAGAGGAUUGUACGUCAGACACAUUUUAAUGACCCAUGGCAGUUUGUUUUGAUACAGUACUUGCUGCCCAUCUGUUAUGAGACUUCUAUAGAAUUUUUAAGCUUUUUUUUUUUUAUUCAUUUUUUUUUCUGUUCUGGUGUUUGUUUGUUUUUUUUUUGCAUAUGUGUCAGAUUACAUUUGUUACUUUCCAGACAGAAUGCAGACUUAAGCAGAACUUGGAUACUCUAUCCCAGUGCCUAAAUUUAUAUGCAGUUCAAGUGACAACAAUUUAAACAUUGCACUGUCACAAACACAAGUAAGUUCUUUCUUGGUGCCAAGCUUUCAUUUGACAUAGUGCAAAAAGUGUAUAAGUCUAGGCAUAGGGAUUAAUGUACUCUAAACCUAUACCAAUUAAACUGUACUUUACUCGCAUUUGCAUUCUGUCUGAAGCCUAGGCUGUAAUCUUCAUAAAUGUUGCAUCCUGACCAAGUCUAUAAAGUGGUUGCUUUAGAGACACUUAUUUUCUGUGAUCUGGCUUAUUUGACACAGAACAGACUAGUUUUAUUUUGUGCACAGAAUACAGACAUUAACUGUGCCACUCUCUCCAUUGAAUGUUUUAAUUUGUUAAUGUUUGCACCUUCAGCGCAAGAUAAAUCUGGCUGCUUGGUUAAUAUGCUUUAGAAGAUUUUUAAUUUUGAGAUCUGAAAGUUACUUUUUGUUUGCAUCAUACUUCAUUAUUUUAUCGUUAUGUAUUCACUUGAUUACCUAUAUCAUUUUAAAGGACAGUGGGAUAUGUUCUGUCCACUUGUUGGCUAUAUUACUUUCCUCUCCCAGUCAUGAUACAACUUGUCUGUUAUGAAGAUAUAUCCAUUUAAAAUUGUGUGAAAAUAAAUGGUAGAUAAAAUAGAAACUUUUCAUCUUGCUGCUCAGCACAGAAUAAUUUUGCAUUUGACUGUUCUGUGGUCAUUAAAAGAAAUUAAUUUAA